GAAAAGGAGAAGAAAUGACAAUAAAGGAGACAAUCACCAUGUCCCUCAUUCCAAAAGGAGUAAGAGAAACCCUGCAUUUCAGGAUUCACAGAAUAGAGAGUCAUCAAGCAGUGAUAAUGAAAGGAACAACACCAGUAUUAAUAGUACAGAGACAGGAAGGGGACCAGAAAGUGGCUUGAACCAGAUCAUUGCUGGACUCAACUCAAAUAACCCUCAGCUCUACCAUGAGGAGCAUGCACUAUACCAAAAUCCUUAUUUCCACAUCAACCAAGUCUUGAAGGAGGCUCACUUCCACAGCCUGCAGCAGCGAGGACAAUCUCCAACAUCAUGA